AAAGCCUAAGAGAAAACGAGUGAUCAAAGCGGAAUUGGCCAAAAUUAGACCACAUCCCAUAGAAUCUCCUUGGCAAGUUGACUUUGAAUUAUUGAAAGAUGUCAAAGCAUGGAUGGAAAGUUUGCGACUUGGCAAAUAUGCGUCAAAUUUCGAUAAACUUCAUUGGAAACAGAUUAUCGAAAUGAAACACGAUGAUUUGGAAAGAAUAGGGGUCAAUUCAUUUAAAGUUCGCAAAGCGAUGUUGGAUAACUUUUGGAAAAUCAAGAAAGUUCUGGCCGUUAAAGAAGAUUAUCUUUUACCACUACCAAAACCCCUUUUAAAUAUAACUGAUGAGGAGGAAAGUCAACUUUCAAAAGAGGAAAGAUUUAAACUCUAUUACGCUUAUGUUAGAGUCGACUUCAAAUUACUGGAAGGCAUGGAUAAGAAUCAAUUUUUCUUUUAUUCGAACAUCAUUGGCAGGAAUUAA